UUUUACCAAUGGGAAUGGUGAUUCCUGAUCCUAUUCUAAGUCUUGAGUAUGUUAAAGGGUUUCAUCUUGCAACUUCCGUUGAGGGUGGAGAUAGAUUUUGGAGUAGGUGGAGGCAAAGGAUUUGCUUCAAUAAAUACAACCGAAGAUCACUUCCCAUGGGAUACUUCAGCUUGUUUCUCAGUUGCUUGCCCAUUACCAGGAGCUGAUAGCCAACAAUGUUGCCCAAAAUUGCAAUUCUCUCAGCAUUAGCUCUUGUUCUGAUCAUACAAGAGGCUUCUCUUGCCCCUGUGACCCAGGAACCAACCACAGGAUCAAGCGAGGGGACAACGCUUGAGUCAAGCAAAGAACCAGGUGGCGAAGAAAGCACAGAAGAGCCGGCUGGUGAAACAAGCUUAGGACCAAGCGCAGGGCCAAGUGAGGAGCCCAGCACACAGCCAGCCGAAGAGGCGAGUGGCGAAGCAAGCGGAGAAGCCAGCGGAGAAGCCAGCGGGGAAGCCAGCGGAGAAGCCAGCGGAGAAGCCAGUGGAGAAGCCAGUGGAGAAGGAAGUGGGGAAGGAAGCGGAGAAGGAGGUUCACAUCUUAUUCAACUAGGCACAGAGGCAAGCAAAGAGCCAACCAAGGAGCCAAGUACAGAGCCAACUUCAGAGGCCGCCCCAGAGAUCAGCGUAGAAUCAGGAGAUUUUUCACUUAUCCUGCCAACUGAAGAAAACCAUGGAGAUGCAAGCAAAGAGCCAAGCACAGAGCCAAAACCAACUGCAGCGUAAACAGACGAGUCAA